AUGUCUGAUUCCGUAUACACCGGUGAGGACUUUGAUUCCAAAGUGAGAAAACAGGUUGAGUUUUACUUCUCCGACUCCAACCUUCAAACCGACAGAUUUCUUUGGAGAAUCUAUGAGGCUAACGAUGGAUGGGUUGAAUUGAAGACCAUCUUGACUUUCGGCAGAAUGAGACAGUACAGACCAGAGGAGAGAGUCAUUGCAGCCUUGAAAGAGUCCGACAAGCUUGUUUUGUCUGCUAACGAAGAUAUGAUCAGAAGAAAGGCUCCAUUGAAGGACCACAACGAGUUGAAGAACAUCAGAAGAAGAAACUCCGUGCACAUUGAGGGAUUCCCAAGCGAUGUUUCCCAAGAAAAGUUGGAAGAAUGGUUCAACGAGAAGAUCGUUUCGCAGUUACCAAAGGAGCAGGCUAUUUGCUCUAUCCGUAGAAUCAGAAACAGAUCUAAGGAGUUCUUUGGUGUCGUCGACGUUGAGUUCAAGACCCAGGAGGACCUGGAACACUUCUUGAAGUUGGAUGUCAGCUACCCACAAGGUGUCGUUGAAGGUGUUGAGGAGAAGGAUCUCUUGAAGAAGAUGUCCCUCUUGAGAUUCAGAGAAAUGAAGGAAUCUGGCAAGAGAUUUGGCGUUAAUGAGGUCACCAAGAGAAGAAGCUCUUUCAAGGAUAACAACAACAACAAGAAAGCUCGUAAGGAUGACAAGAAGGAUGAUGAAAAGACUGCCGACACCGAGGAGAAGGAGGCCAAUGGUGACGAAGCCAACACCACUGCCAUUGAAGAAGGUGACGAAGAGUCUAAGGAGGAGUCCAAGCCAGUGACCGAGGAGGCUAAAGAAGAAACUAAGCCAGAGACUGAGGAAUCUAAGGAAGAACCUAAGGCUUAA